CGCAGAGCCCACGAGACUUUUAGUACAGGUACUGGCUACCUUGCUUUUUUCUUCUUACGACCUUUGUUGCAUUCUAUAUUUACGACCUCAACUCACGUCUAAUCCAACGAACCCCCAUACUAAUAAUCGUUAUGCGUGCUACCACCACUGUCCCCUUGCUCCUCGCUGUCGCUUCCAUCGCGCCCGUCUUCGCUUCGCCCAUCGUUCCCACUUCAGACAUCGCAUCGCGGGAGGACAUUCAAUUGCUCGCACGUGCGAUCGAGGACGAGCUCUACGCGCGCGGCAUGGAUGAUGAGCUCUACGCGCGGGGCAUGGAUGAUGAGCUUAUGGCGCGCGAGCCGCUCGGCCUCCGUCCGAUCUUGAGGCUCCCAGUCAACAGGUUCCCGGUGAACAGGUUCCGGUUCGGGCGCAUCGGCACCGUCGUGCACCCCCAGCGCUCGCUCGACGACGACGCGCUCUUUGAGCGCUCCUUCGACGGCGAGCUCUACGUGCGCGAGCCGCUCGACUGGGAGAAGCUGGACGGCAUCAAUAAGACCCCGGUGAACCUCUUCAAGCCCCUGCCACACGCCCAGCGCUCGCUCGACGACGACGCGCUUUUUGAGCGCUCCUUCGAUGGCGAGCUCUACGCGCGCGAGCCGUUCGACUUGGCGGCGCUUCGCAACAUCAACAAGACCCCGGUCAACCUUUUGAAGCCCCUCCCUGCGAACAUCCGCGUCGGGCGCGGGCUCGAGGACGAUGCACUGUUCGCGCGGGCGCUCAGCGAGGAGCUGCUUGCGCGCUCGGGCACUGUGCUGGACGAACUCGACUAAAUGGUGGCGGGUAUGUUGGCGAGUUGUUGUAGGAUACAUGGUUGCUAGAAUGCGAAUGGGCGGGACUUGGCUGAGGCUCAAUGGCCGAUGUGAUCAUGAAAUCUGUCUCCGAGCAUACUUCACUUGCACGCACUUGUGCUACGCUCAGCCGUUACCGUUAAGUGCCUGUGAGACCGUGUCGAGCUUCUGGUCUUUGAUGUGUGCUGUAUUUUCCAUGCCCCGUACUGUGCCUACUCACGCUGGUGAGCAGUUGCAAGAAGGUCAUGGUCGUCGUCAACCUUUUC